UGUGCUCCUUCACGCACGCCCACCUUCCAAUUUCAGCUUUUAUGUCCAUAAUUAUUAAUUUGGAUUAUUUGUGUGAAUUGUGUGGCCCACACGAUAAUACAUAGAUAUAUUUUAAGUUAAAGCCCUGUAUAAAAAAUUUCAAGAUUAUUGAACUUAAAAAAAUCUAAUACCAGCCUCAAGAUUUGGCUUUACAUACCAUGAAUCAAGCAGACGUGACAAAAUUGGUAUCUGCACUCAGAAUCAACGUGCUGCCCAAACACCGGCGACUAAGUAACCCAGAUGGACCAAAAGGGAGAGUUUUAAAAAUACAGAAAACAGUCACCGCGCUCUUCAAACACGAAAGGAUUGAAGUGAACCGAAACAGAGCAGAUGAAGCUCGUGGUUAUGCUGAAAGGUUAAUUUCCGAAGCGAUAAGGCACGGUGACCGGCACAAUGCAACCAUGGAGAUGGCAGACUUUUGGUUGCUUGAAAAGCAGCUGGUCCAUAAGUUGUUCAAAGUGCUCGUCCCCAGAUUUGAAAGUUACAACAUUUCAUACACAAGAUGCGUGCCACUCGCCUCCAGCUACCCUUCCAAAGGCUUUGAUCAAUUUGAAAAGUCCUUGCUUGAGUUGAGAGGAAAUCCUUACCCACCACUGAUGCCCAAAGAUUCGCAAAACCACCAUCUUCUCCAUAACAUUCUACUUGAGGAAGCAAGAAAGGAGAUGCGACAAACACAAUAUUUAGAAACGGCAAAAAAUAUUGGAAAAGAGGACGCAUCCGCUUGGGUUGUUAAAGACAAAGAAUCAUCGGGAACAGAACCCAAAGAAUAAUCCUUUGUUCAUAGCCAGAAUUUAUAAUAGUUUAAAUAGAAAAAUAAAUUACUUCAUACAAAACACUGACAGAUUAAAAUUU